GUAAUCUUGCCCCUUUUUUUUCCCUUGUAUAUGCAAGGACCCCAUCGAUCACGUUCACCUCGUCUGUCGUCGUGUUCGACGCCGCCCUCCCUCCCUUCUUCUCCCACGCCGGCCAGCCAAGCCAGCUCUCACCACCGGCAACGAUUCCGGCGAGCGCUCGCUCGCGACGACGGCGGCGACAAUGUGCGACGAGUGCUGCUGCACCUGCAGCAACAACUGUAGGGACGGGCUCAUCGUGUGCGGCAUCGUCUUUGGCACCCUCCUCCUCGCCGUGCUCAUCUCCGCGUUCGGCUUCGUCCGCCAGCCCACCUUCGUCGUCGACGACGCCUCCCUGACGCGGUUCAACCUGUCGGCGGCGGCGUCGUCGAUCGCCUACAACCUCACCCUGAAGCUGGUCGUCCACAACCGCAACUGGGCGAUGUCCGUCAAGAACACCAAGCCCAUGGACGCCGAGUACAAGUUCGACGGCCAGCCGUUCGAGCGGAUCCAGCUCGCCGACAAGGGCGACAAGCUCGGCCCCGGCAAGACGGUGGUGCACCGGCUGUCGUCCGGCAGCGAGGGCGCGAUCGUCCCGGCGCUGGGCAACGCCGGCGCCCAGGAGUACAGGAAGGAGAGCGCCAAGGGGACGUUCGAGGUGGAGGUGGCGAUCGCCGGCGAGGUGAGGUACACGGCGAGGCUCACCAAGUGCAAGAUCGAGGCGACGUGCCCGCUCAAGCUGCAGCUCGCGCCGCCGGGCACCACCUCCGUGGCGUUCCAGAAGGUCAAGUGCAAGCUCACCAAGCCGGAGAAGAACUGCUAGGCGACGGAGAUCAUCGAUCAUCAGCCAACGAUGGCGGCGGCGGCGGAUUCUUUCUCUUCGUUCUUGCGAUGAUAUUGGUUGGGGUGUGCAUUGAUUUGCAAUUCCUUUGUUUAAUUUGUGUUUGAAUUUUUUUAAAAUUGACAUUUGUUUAAAGAAAAUGUCUUUCCCACUUGUGUAUUUUGUUUAUUAUUUCUGAUUGAUUCUUUGGUGGUCAUUAUGAUGACAAACAUGUUCCAUCAUAAAUAAAUAUUAUUGGAUGCUUGAGAAAGAGGUUGGAGAUAAAAUUUAGUGAGAUGCUACUCAAAAAUAAAAAUACCUAUG